GAGGAAGAGGAGGAGGACGGAGUGGUGAGCUGGGCCACCGUCCGGAUGCUGGGAGACCGACAGAGACAGAGAGCCACCAACGAAGAAGACGAGACGUUCAGUCUGCUGCUGCAGGGGCCGUUGGAGCGAUCGGACUCCCGCGGCGGCCUGAAGUCUCCGAUCUCCCUCGGCAGCCCUCGCCGGCCGUCCGAGAGCAACCUCGACUCCUUCAGCCGCCACUUUGAGAGCAUCAUGGAGUCCCACCGGGCCAAAGGGACGUCCUACAGCAGCCUGGACAGCGUGGACCUGCUGACCUCCGGGUCCACCUCCGUCUUCACCUUCGACCUGCCGACGCUCACGCCAGAGAUCCAGAGUCAGAUCUGCGAUAGCGCCAAGCAGAUCAUCGAGCUGAGCUUCGCGCCGCUGGCCCACCCGGACCCGGCCGCCCUCUCGGAGACCUCGCGCUCCGAAGUCUCCCUCGGCGUGUCGGGGGCGGGGCUCCGAGGCGGCGCCAAAGACGAGCCCGGCCCGCCGGUUCGAUCCAAGUCGGAGAAAGACUCGUGGCGUCGCUCCAUCAAAGACGGCUUCCGAAAGGCGAGCUCGGCGCCAUCGCUGCCAUCGCUCCACAGCAGCCCCAGCUGA